AGCUGGCAAGGCCGCCACGCCCUUGGGGCACGUGGGGACUCAGGCGCUAUCUCGGGAGAGGGCAGGCGGGGUCCGCCCAGCGCGGCUUCGCGCCCAUUGCGGGUCCCGCAGCCCCCCACCAUGCCAUCCCAGAUGGAGCACGCCAUGGAGACCCUCAUGUUCACCUUCCACAAGUACGCAGGGGACAAGAACCACCUCAGCAAGGAGGACCUGCGGAUGCUGAUGGAGAAGGAGUUCCCCGGCUUCUUGGAGAACCAGCGGGACCCGAUGGCCCUGGACAAGAUCAUGAAGGACCUGGACCAGUGCCGGGACGGCAAGGUGGGCUUCCAGGGCUUCUUCUCGCUGGUGGCCGGCCUCACCAUCGCCUGCAAUGACUACUUCGUGCUGCACAUGAAGCAGAAGGGCAGGAAGUGAGAGCAGCACCCAUGGGUGCUGCCCUGAUGCCCCUGGGUGCUGCCCUCCCCAUGGGUCCUGCCCCCCACCCCUGGGCACUGCUUCCAUGCCCAUGGGUGCUGC